AUGGCCUGUACCCAUACCCCGAUCAUAAUCGGCGUAGGCGACUGCAUCAACCGAUCCCUUUCAGUCUCCGACGCCCAUGAACCCCUAACCCUAAUCCUCUCGGCCAUCGACACUGCUCUCAAGGACACUGACCUCCCAUCUCCAAAAAGAGCACAACUCCAAUCGUCCAUCGACAGCAUCGACGUCGUACGCACAUGGACGUGGCCAUACGACGACUUACCAGGCGACAUUAGUCGACGCCUAGGCGUUGACGCCCGACAUAAAUUCUACAGUGACCAUGGCGGCAACAAGCCAGCCAAAUUGUUCGACGAGGCCGCUAGGAGGAUUUCAAAGGGUCAGACGAAGGUUGCUAUCGUGACGGGCGGGGAGGCUCUGGCAUCAUUGAGUGCAUGCGUGGCGGCCAAAAAGAUGCCUCCGCCGGGAUGGACAAAGACAAAAGAAAGUGUCCACUCGGUGUUUUCUGCUACGACCAGGGACAGGGGUAAAAACCUCGGAGCCACUUAUAACAUUGGCGCCCCGAUUCAAAUCUAUCCGCUUUUCGAGAACGGUUUCCGCGCACACCGUGGACAGUCGAUCGCCGAGAAUCACGACGAGUCUGCACAGCUGUAUGCCGACUUCGCCAAAGUGGCUGAACGGAACCCGUUGGCGUGGAGUUAUGGCAAGCCGCCGAAGACGAAGGAUGAGAUAGCGACCGUGACGGAGAGGAAUCGAAUGAUUUGUUUUCCAUACCCCCUGUUAAUGAACGCCUUCAACACAAUCAACCUCGCCGGCGCAUGUAUCUUGACAUCCACCGAGUAUGCCGAAGAACUAGGUGUCCCAAAGGCGAAAUGGAUCUAUGCCCUCGGUGGAGCGGGAACACAAGACAGCGAUCACUUCUGGGACCGACCAAACUACCAUUCCAGCCCGGCAAUCGAACGAUCUCUCGACGCUGGCUUGCGAGUAUGCGGCUUAACCAAAGACGACAUCGACUUAUUUGAUUUCUACUCAUGCUUCCCCAUCGUCCCCAAACUCGCCGCCGCUCAUCUCGGAUUACCAAUAACAAACAGCAAAAAAACAUUGACGCUUCUAGGCGGAUUGACUAGCUUCGGUGGCGCGGGUAACAAUUAUUCCAUGCAUGCAAUCACCGAAAUGACCCGUCACCUCCGCGCCGGCAAAGGUCGCCACGGCUUGAUCCUCGCCAAUGGUGGCUGGAUGACCUACGAACACGUCUUGUGUUUGUCGACGAUGCGGCGACGAACUGGAGACGGGUUGUCUUAUCCGCCAGACCCGCCAUUGCCGGAAUAUGUUACUGAUGUGCCUGUUCCGGCUGUUGAUGGUAAAGUGGCAAGAGAACAGGAGGCAAUGAUUGAGACCUACACAGUUGACUACGACCGACAUAACAGUCCUCAAUUAGGACAUAUUGUAGCUCGACUCCGUUCAACCUCCACCUCAGUGAACAACAAGGCUUCCUCUAUACACGCAUACACUGCCAACACCAACACCAACAACAGACUUUCCACAUCUGAGAAGACGGUGGAAUCUUUUCAAGGCCCCAGAAUCCUCGCCAACCACGCCGACGCAGCAACCCUCGCCCGCCUAGCGAGCUGGACGGACGAAAAAGUCGGAUUGGUCGGAAUAGUGCGGUUUGAUGAACAGACGGGGAGGAAUUUGUUUAGUUUGCCAACGGAGCAGCCUUCAGAUUCGCCGUCUGCGUCUGUGAAAUUACUACCGCAGAGACUGAGACAGGGGUAUGGACAAGGGUCGAAGUUGUAG